UAAUGUUACAAUAUCAAAUUAAUACAAAAGAUAUUUAUAUAAAGAACAAUGGUACUAUGUGUCCAUUUAGUAAUCUGAGUCGCAGUUUUCUAAUUGAAAUAGCUUAUCAAUAUUUACCACCAUCAGGUUUAUCUAUACCAAUUCCAAAGAUAAUACACAAAGUAGACUGGUAUAAUAGCAGUGUAAAUUCUGAAAAUUCUUUACCAAAUCAUAUUAUUCUAAAUGAAUAUGAACAAACAUUUUCAUAUAUACGUUGGUAUCAAUUAGAAGAAAGUAUUGUUACAGUCAAUUUAUCUCCAUAUACCUUACAUCGUGAAAUGGAAGAUUUUAUCAAUGGUAAUAAAUUAGAAACAAAUUAUUGAUUAAUAAUGAUAGAUUACUAUGAUAAAAAUAAAUUAUAAUCAAGGUUGCUUAAGUAUAAGCUACAAAAAAUAUAUUGAUAAAUAUAAGAUU